AUGAGCAACGACAAGGAUAGCAUGAACAUGUCUGAUCUCGCCGCUGGUGCUCUGAACGAAGAGGAUCGAGCAGGCCUCGUUAACGCUCUCAAGAAUAAGAUACAGAGUUUGGCCGGGCAGCACUCUGAUAUCCUCGAGAGUCUCUCUCCUGUAGUCAGAAAGCCCUUUCUCAACUUGCAGACCCAACAUGAUGAAUUAGAAGCAAAGUUUUUUGAGGAGAGAGCAGCCCUGGAAGCCAAGUAUCAGAAAUUGUACCAGCCUUUGUAUAGCAAGAGAUACGAGAUCGUAAAUGGUGUUGUGGAAGCUGAAGGAGCUACUACUGAAGCAGCAAAUCAAGAGGAUAACGCUGCAGAGGAGAAAGGAGUGCCUGAUUUCUGGCUCAAUGCAAUGAAAAACAAUGAAGUGCUAGCUGAGGAGAUUACUGAGCGUGAUGAAGGGGCCCUUAAAUAUCUUAGGGACAUCAAGUGGUUUAGGAUAGACAAUCCCAAGGGGUUCAAACUUGAGUUCUACUUUGACACCAACCCCUUCUUUAAGAACUCUGUCUUGACAAAGAUAUAUCACAUGAUAGAUGAAGACGAACCCAUUCUUGAGAAAGCAAUAGGGACGGAGAUUGAAUGGUAUCCAGCAAAAUGUUUGACACAGAAGCUCCUUAAGAAGAAGCCUAAGAAGGGAUCUAAGAAUGCUAAGCCAAUCACUAGAACUGAGAAUUGCGAAAGCUUCUUCAACUUUUUUAGUCCACCUCAAGUUCCUGAGGAUGACGAAGAUAUUGAGGAAGAUGCUGCUGAGGAACUCCAAAACCAGAUGGAACAGGAUUAUGACAUUGGUUCUACCAUUCGAGAUAAGAUCAUCCCCCAUGCUGUUUCAUGGUUUACGGGAGAAGCUAUCCAGGGAGAUGAUUUUGGAGACUUGGAAGAUGAUGAAGACGAUGACAUUGAAGAUGAAGAUGAUGAUGAGGAUGAUGAGGAUGAAGAUGAGGACGAAGAUGAUGAUGAAGAUGAUGAAGAUGAUGAUGAAGGCAAAACCAAAAAGAAGAAGAGUGGAAGAGCACAACUUGCGGACGGUCAGCAGGGCGAGCGGCCUCCAGAAUGCAAACAGCAGUAA